UUGUCUCCUGUACUCCCCAAAAUUUCCCCUCCUCCUGUAUCCUCUUCGCCCCCCUCCUUUGGGGGCCCCGUGACCCUGAAUGUGGGGGGCACGCUAUAUUCAACCACUUUGGAGACCCUGACUCGCUUCCCAGACUCCAUGCUGGGAGCCAUGUUUAGGGCGGGCACCCCCAUGGCCCCCAACCUCAACCCCCAGGGAAGUGGCCCCUACUUCAUCGACAGAGAUGGCAAGGCCUUCCGACACAUUCUCAAUUUCCUGCGGUUGGGGCGUCUUGAUCUGCCCCGCGGGUAUGGGGAGACAGCACUUCUCAGGGCAGAGGCUGACUUCUACCAGAUCCGGCCCCUCCUGGAUGCCCUUCGGGAACUGGAAGCCUCUCGAGGAACCUCUGCACCCACAGCUGCCCUACUUCACGCAGAUGUAGAUGCCAGCCCCCGGCAGGUGCACUUCUCUGCCCGCCGUGGUCCACACCACUAUGAGCUGAGCUCAGUGCAGUUGGACAUCUUCCGAGCCAACCUCUUCUGCACUGACCCAGAGUGUUUGGGUGCCAUGCGGACCCGAUUUGGUGUGACCAAUGAGGACAGAGCAGAGGGGGGUCCGCACUUUCGACUGGAGUGGGCCCCGCGCCCCACAGAACUCCCGGAAGUAGAGUACAGGAGGCUGGGGCUGCAGUCUCUGUGGACUGGGGGUCCAGGAGAGCGACGGGAGGUCAAGGGCACGCCAGGCUUCCUGGAAGAGGUGUUGCGGGUGGCUCUGGAGCACGGCUUCCGUCUAGAUUCCGUCUUCCCUGACCCCGAAGACCUGCUGAACUCCCGAUCACUGCGCUUUGUCCGGCACUAAGAAAUGAGAACACCGCCUUCGGUUUGAUUGCUGGGGAUAGAAAAUUGGGUAGCAAAGGAGAUGAAGGCGCCCCCCUGAAGCCUCUUUCUAGUUCCUUCUGCCCUGUGAGCUGUGAGAGUCAGGGGCUCUACUUCACCUGACUGGAGCCCAGUCGUGGCAGAAUUCCCAGACCUGAGCCCACCCAGGACUCCCAAGUAGUCCAAAGGUUCUGGACUGUUGCUUAUUCUGGAAGGGGUGGGGAAGGUUUCCCUGACUUGUUCUUGCCUGAAGCUGGGGACCUCCUUUCCUUGGUUGAUGCUCAGUAUUCAAGGAUCUGGAAAAGUGGGGAUACCUCUUAUGCCCAGCCUAGGCCUAAUAGAUCUCUGGAGGGACCCCGAGAUCUGAGAACGGGGGAUUUUGGAUUGUUUUAAUGUGGUCUUGUAUCAGAGCUUCUCUUUACGGAACUGGGUGGCUUGACCUGGCCUGAACAAUAAGAGGCGGGAAUACUCUGGAACAAGGGAAAAGGUAUUCUUUGCUAUGUUUUAAGCCACCUACUGAAGGAGACAGGCUACACCCCCCCAACCCAGGUUGGUAAAAUGAAGCUAGGAGACGCCCCAUUAACUAUGGGACUGGCGCAUCCCUCUGAAAUCCAACUGUUAAAAGAUCCCAUAUUGAUGGUAGGGCUGGCCAUGAGGAGGAAGGCGGCUCCUUCUUGGGUCGUGCAUGUGUGUGUGUGUGUGUGCACAUGCUCAUGUGCUCAUGCAUGUGCAUAUCACCCAUUUUGUAUGACUGAUGUGUGGGUCCCUGACACCUUGCCUCCCAUCUGUGUUACUGGAGAUGGUGUCUGUAUUGUUUGUUUUUUUGUGUGUGUGGUCUCUGCAUGUCCAAGCCUGUUUGGGGUUGCCCAGCAACUGUUUUGGCACCAGGUGUGUCCUGAAUAGAUUGCAAAUUACUAGCUUAAUCACAAGGGGUGUGUCUGUGUGUGCAUGCGUGUGCAUGCAUGUGCGCUCCCAUCAUCAUGCAAGCAGGAGGGGCCUGUUGGGGUUGAGUCACUGGGAUCUUCCUAGUGAAAGGUUAGAAAAGUCCCUGGUCUUAGCCAGCCCCAGAGGCCUGUAAGGAACUCUUGGUUACUAAGGCAACAUGAGCCUGUUGCUAGGAGAUAGCUGGGGAAAGCCCAAGGCUGCUCUGGGCAGAGAGAAGAUAGUUUGGAAGAGUGGGGGAGGAUAUGUGAUAGGAUUUCUGGGUCCUUGACAGGAUGGGAUACUCAUACGGGACACUUCACUGGGAGAGUCACUGAUUAUUUAUCACUGGUCAUGAUUUAUAAGAAGAAAAAUAAAAUUGCUUUUGGAACCAUAAACUUGUAAA